AUGGUUCUGUCGCCUCCGGGAAAAUACACUAAGCUCGAGCUGGUGGACUCGGAUUCUGAGUUCGAUCUGGGAAACGGGCACAAGGCUCAUAUGGACCGGGGCGUGAACGAGAUGGCGUCAUCUUCAGAGACUUCGUUAGUGAGGGACUUUGAGGAUGCUGCUGAUGGGUCUGAAUCCGGCUCGCCGCUAUUCGUUCAGAACGCUGCUGAGGGUUCUUCGGCUAACUUGAGGGAUUCGGCUUCGCUGAGUGAAAACCGUGACGCCAACGCCCCUAGCCAGUCGUCUGACUUGGAAGAACAGCGUCUGCCCAACCAGGUCCGUUUAUCUCCAUCGCAAAGGCUUUUGAAUGUGAUCCACUAUGUGUUCCCGUUUAAACAGACUUACCAGAGACUAAAUAACGGUAUCACGACGGGACGGCUCCAGGCAAAUGUUCCGGGUCGGUUUGUCGGUCAGGGCACCGACGGUGUGUUUAGAAACCUUAUGGCUAAACCAGACACCCAGGCUGAAAUUAAUACGCAAGAGCAACAUCCGCCUACGUAUGACGAGGCUGCUGCUGAUAAUACGCCUGAAUACUGGGAGACGACGAUGAUCAGUCCAAUGUACGAUAAUGAGGUGUUUGUUCAGGGUCUUCCAGUGGGUAACUUGGCUAAUUUCGUGUGGAAUGCACUUGUCACUGUCGCUUUCCAGCUAGUUGGUUUCAUUCUUUGCUACCUUCUUCAUACGUCGCAUGCUGCCAAACAAGGCACCAGAGCAGGCUUGGGUAUCAUGAUACUCAUGUACGGCUACGACCGGAUCCCGUCCAACUUUGGUAGAGCCGACAAGAUCCCCGUUAGAUAUGAGCCCGAAGAUCCUAAUAUGAUAGAUGUCACGAAGUCGCUGUCGAUAAAGGCUGGAAGCAAGAUAGACGAGUACCAUCUGUCGCUAUUUAACAAGCAGGACUUUGCUGUGUUGGAAAACACCAAAACGCCAUAUUUUGCAUACGGGCUAAUAGCUUUUGGCAUCUUCAUCAUGCUCAAGGCACUGGUCGACUAUUUCAAGGUGAAACAAAAAGAAAAGCGUAUCUUAGCUCCGCAGGCUCUGGCUGAGGUCAACACUACAACUGAGGAAGUCAAUACUCAGGAGUAG